UCUGAGCGCUGCGCUCCGCCUCUCCUGGCCGGGAUGCCCAGCCCAGCGCUCCAGCGGAGGAGGAGGAGGAGGAGAAGGAGGGAGGCCGGCUCAGACGGGAGGAGGGGACUGGAAAAGAAGCCGGGGUCGAGCCGCCCCGUCUCUGGACCGCUGCUUGCUUUUUUGCCCUUCCAUCCUCGGAGCGCAGCGCUCGGGCCAGGCUUCGCAGCGGAGCGAGGGGGAGAAGCGCUGCGCGGUCCUUGGGCGCCGUCUAUGAAGGAGCCCCGGCCGGGUUCGGCUGCUGGGGCGAUGGAGGGCGUGGGCCGGGCUCUGGGUCUGGGCUCCGGGGGUUCGGCGCUGGAGAAGAGCGCGGCCGAGCUAACCGUGAUGGACGUCUACGACAUCGCCUCGCUGGUGGGCCAGGAGUUCGAGCGGCUCAUCGACCAGCACGGCUGCGAGGCCAUCGGCCGCCUGAUGCCCAAAGUGGUGCGGGUACUGGAGAUCCUGGAGGUGCUGGUCAGCCGGGAUCACAUCAGCCCCGAGGUGGAAGAGCUCCGCUUGGAACUCGACCGGCUCCGCUUGGAACGCGUCGACCGGUUGGAGAAGGAGAGGAAACACCAGAAGGAGCUGGAACUGGUGGAGGAUGUUUGGCGAGGAGAAGCCCAGGAUCUCCUCACUCAGAUCGCCCAGCUUCAAGAGGAGAACAAGCAGCUGAUGACCAACCUCACCAACAAAGACGUGAACUUCUCGGAGGAGGAAUUCCAGAAACACGAAGGGAUGUCAGAAAGAGAGAGGCAAGUGAUGAAAAAGCUAAAGGAAGUGGUCGACAAACAACGGGAUGAAAUCCGGGCGAAGGACAGAGAACUGGGACUUAAAAACGAAGACGUGGAAGCACUCCAGCAGCAGCAAAACAGGUUGAUGAAGAUCAACCACGAUCUGCGACACCGGAUUACCGUCGUGGAAGCUCAGGGAAAGGCGUUGAUUGAGCAGAAAGUGGAGCUGGAAGCGUAUUUGCAAACCAAAGAGCAAGAAAUGACGGCGUUGAGAGCGGAAUUGGGGAAACUGAGGGAGAAACUUCAAGGGGAACCGAGUCACAACGGAGAAGAAGCACCGCCGGAAGAACCCAAAAACCCCGAGGAGUUCCUGUCGGAAGCGGAGAAAACGGCUCUAGAUAUGAAAGAUCCCAAUCGGCCCAGAUUCACUCUGCAAGAGCUCCGGGACGUUUUGCACGAGAGGAACGAGCUGAAGUCGAAAGUCUUCCUCCUUCAAGAGGAGCUUCUGUAUUACAAGAGCGACGAAUUGGAUGAAGAGACGCGAUCGGCUCAGCCCCCAGCCAUUCUUAAUUCCAAACCGUUGACUCAGCAAGAAUCUGGCAUCAAACGGCUAUUUAGCUUCUUUUCCCGCGACAAGAGACGCCUGCAAGCAACCCAGCGAAACACCUCCUUCCACGGCUCCUUCGGCGAAUGGGCCGACCGGAACAAAGACGACGUCUACACCGAACAAGGUUUAGAAGCUCUGCAGCACCUGUGACCUGAACCCAGAACUCUCGCUUGUACCGAGGCGCCAAACGCAGAAACACGGAAGCUCUCGUGUGGCGAACGGUGCCCGUCAUCCCCCGCCCCACAAUUACCAGGUCUUGCAUUGUUGUCAGCUCAGGGUGGGGGUGGGGGGAAAGAUGCAUUAAACCAGAAUUGGGGCACCAGAUUCGUUCUCCAAGCAACGGAAUCACAAUAUGGAUUUGGGAAGCAAAUUGUGGCGAUUCCUGCGGCCCGGCACUGCAAACCGGUCAUCGUUUUGACUUCUGCUGACUUGUGGGUGAACGUCACAUCACCGAUGUUUCCUUUUAUCCGCCCCCUACCCUCCAAAAAUGUUUUUUUUUAAAAAAGAAGGAUCUGGGCCAGGGGUGAAAUCCAACAGGUUCUGGAGAACCGGUAGUGGAAAUUUUGAGUCGUUCGGAGAACCGGCAAAUGCCACCUCUGGCUGGCCCAGAGUGGGGUGGGAAUGGGGAUUUUGCAGUAUCCUUCCCCCAGGAGUGGGGUGGGAAUGGGGAUUUUGCAGUAUCCUUCCCCCAGGAGUGGGGUGGGAAUGGGGAUUUUGCAGUAUCCUUCCCCCAGGAGUGGGGUGAGAAUGGGGAUUUUGCAGUAUCCUUCCUCCAGGAGUGGGGUGAGAAUGGGGAUUUUGCAGUAUCCUUCCCCCAGGAGUGGGGUGGGAAUGGGGAUUUUGCAGUAUCCUUCCUCCAGGAGUGGGGUGGGAAUGGGGAUUUUGCAGUAUCCUUCCCCCAGGAGUGGGGUGAGAAUGGGGAUUUUGCAGUAUCCUUCCUCCAGGAGUGGGGUGAGAAUGGGGAUUUUGCAGUAUCCUUCCCCCAGGAGUGGGGUGGGAAUGGGGAUUUUGCAGUAUCCUUCCCCCAGGAGUGGGGUGAGAAUGGGGAUUUUGCAGUAUCCUUCCCCAUGCCACACCGACCAUCCACGCCCGCCGAACCGGUAGUAUUAAAAAAAAAACUGGAUUUCACCACUGAUCUGGGCAUGACUGUUGUUUCCUGGCACUCCCUAUUUAAAAGCGUGUUUUUUUUUUAAAAAAAAAAAGAAAAAAUAUUAUUUUGUUCCCCUCUUCCUCUAUUGCUUCCUCCCGCUUAAAACGUCCUGCUCCACAUCUCAAACAAGAGUUUUGCAGAAGUCUCCUGGAACUGUUCUGGAGUGGAGUUUGGAGGGAGUGUUUCUCUUUAAACACGGGAUUUACAAUAUAUAUAUUGUGGCUUAUUUAUAGUGCCUGCAGCGUGAUCUCCAGGGAUAUCCGGUGCCUUGUGUUUUGCUCUGAAUUCUCUUGAUAUGGGGAUGGCGACUGAACACCUGAAAUCUAGGCUAAUCCUUUUGUUCAAAAAAAAUAUAUAUAAAUGAAUUAAGAUUCUCACCUACCUUAUAGCAGCAAAUUCACCCCCCACCUCCACCUUCUGUACGGAGAUAAUCGCUUUCAAUCCAACAGACCGACUUCAGUUUGACAGGGUUUUUUUGACCACCUGCCAAUUUCGUUGUAUAUAUGACGUACAACGACACACUAAAGGCAGAGACCACCGGCCGCUUCCAAACAGGUUCCCUUCCCUCUUUCCGGCUGAGAUCAAAGCUGCCUUCAAAAUGUUUGACCGGUCUGAAAUUUUGGCGCACUGGUGGACGAUCACUUAGCUGCUGGAAUUAGAAAUACGGACACGGAAGGGCAACGGGGGGGGGG